AGAGCCGCGCACCAUGUCAAAGAGAAACAUGGAUGGCGAUGUGCUCGCAAAUAAGCUCAGUCUGGUGUCUGCGAAGGGGCAAAAGCUCUUGGCAUCUAUGCUAGGUCCACAACCAGAUGCGCAACCGUCACAUGAUGCACCCAACGAGGAAGAGAAGGAUAAUGAUUUGGACCGGAACUUCUCUGGCCAUGAUCGGCUUGGCGUCGGCAGCAUCCCCCCCAAAGACAUUGCAGAUGGCACCUUCACCAGACGCACCAUGACAUCAGACGACAAACUCCUCCAGCAAUUAAGCGGCAAGAAGAAAGCAAAAGCCCACCUAGCUGCAAAACAAGAAGCUGAACGCCGAGGCGCUGCAUCGCAGCCAAAACCCAGUCGGAAAGAAGUCGCCAAGCAGGAAGAGAGCGAAGACGAAGAGGAGGGUCGUGCCGCAGCUUUCGAGUCGAAACGGAGGAAAAUUGCCAGGCCAAAGGCUGGCCUUGUGUCGGAAGAGGAUGGCGGGUCUGAGCGAGAAGCUACAAGUGUACCGCCAGACGAAGAAGAAGAGCAGAAAUCAGCAAAGGAAAUAGUGCCUGAGCGGAAGUUCUACGACGACGUUGAGCCAGCAGUCACAGCGCCCAAGGCAAAGCCUCUACCCAGCAGAAGCCGCGCCAAACCAACAAGCUAUCUCGACGAACUGCUUGCUUCUCGCUCGCAAAAGAAGAAGAACAAAGCAAAAGGAAAAGGCGUGCAGGAGGCAUGA